AUGCCGCGCCCCAAGACGUCUUGGGUCGUGCCCGGUUUGAUGGUCGGAAAUCUCAUUUGCGGCAUAUUGAUGGCAGUUGGACAUCAUUUCUUCUACAUGUCUCUUAACAAACAGACUGUCGGCACCCAAAACCAACAAGAAUGGAAUGCCCGUAUUGGUACCGGCAUGGCCUUUUGUGUCAGGAUGUUUCUAACGGCUGCCGCUGGCCUUGCUUAUGUACAAGUGCUUUGGAGGACACUCAAAGCCCGGGAGGCCAAUCUAAGUGGCAUUGACGCCAUGUUUGACGUGGUUACCAAUCCCUUCUCCUUUUUGAACUGGCAACUAUGGAAGAGGGGCUUUGAACUCGUUGUGUUGGCUGGAAUUCUAUGGGCCAUCCCAAUCAUAGCAGUGUUCACUCCGGCGACCUUGACAAUCCAACAGGCCGAGACUUUGGCUUCUUCAAUACACCGCAUAUCUUUGCCUCUGGUGAACUUUUCUUCGCCCUUCGUGUUCACAAGGUAUACAAACAGUCCAGUGGAUUUUGGACCUAGUGGGCCAUCGAUUGCCCUGGCCAGACUCAUGUCCUCUGUCGCCGCACAAGGCGCUGUUCUUCCUUUGGCGAUGCCAUUUUCCGACGCUCCCAAAGUCUCUUACACCCUGCGCUUUCACGGCCCUUCAGUUUCAUGCGGGCCUCUUGGAGGCAGCAGCUCUUUUCGCGAUGAGUACGAUGAGAUCUAUAGAUACGCCAUAAACCACGAAGGCAAUACCGAAAUGGUGUAUGUUGGAUUCGUCCCUCAGCUAGGCGAUAACUUGGAUACGGACACUUCAUAUGAACAACAGGCAUUACUUGGCCUGCAAAUCGCGACCAAUGCGUCAGUCUCACAGGACGAGAUCCCCACGGCAGACACGGUUUCCACGGAUCACUGUCGCGUCUUUGUCAUUGGCACACCCUACGCGCCUAUCGAGACGUAUUCGGCCUCACGACAUACAAUCGAAUGUGGCCUGUAUAAUUCAACUUAUGAAGCCCAGUUCACAUUUGCCAACGGCACUCAGGAAAUCGACGUUCAGCUGAUGGAACGGGGUAAUGGCAUCUCGGAGUUUGAUGAGCGGCAAUACCCGCCGAACGUAUACCAGCUCGCCGCAACAUACAUCAUGCGUGGCUUGAACGAUGUAGUGCUGGGAAUCAUUCGCAGAAACGAGGGUGUCUUGUAUUCCACCUCUCAGGUCAUGUCCUCUGCUUUUAUGCAGGCUCGUGAACUGCAGCCAAUGUUGAUUUCUUCUUCGUGGGGCAACAUUGUUUCAGACCCAUCCAAUCCGCCAACUGACAUAGCGUUGACACAAAUUAUGGAACAAUUCGUCGCAAAUGUGACAGUUAGCCUCUUCUCAAAUCAAUAUUUCCUCAAUGACGAGUCCGUGCCGAAUAUGGGCAAUGUUACUGUAUGGAACACCAUGAACAAUUAUGUGUACAUUCCACGUAAUCUGUAUAUUGCUUACGGAACCGGCAUAUUCGCAACACUAGUAGUUGUUGCUAUCGGACUCUUUUGCAUAAACAAGGCCUCGCAGUCCUAUGGCAAAUCAUUCUCCACCAUUUUGCGCACAACACGAAACGCAGAGCUGAGUCGACUCAUAAAUGUGAGCGAUACAAGCGGAGCUGAGCCGCUACCCAAACAUCUGGCCGAUACAAGACUGAAGUUUUGGUGCUUUUAUAUUGGCGCAAGACAAGGCGCCGUCUUACGAGAAUUUGACGACCGUUUCGCAGAGCGUGUCUGA